CGUCUCCGUCAUCGCAUCCUCUUUCUCUCCAACACGCGUUCCUCACAGAUGUCAACGACGUCAAGACGAUGGAGCGCAACUUGCUCAAGUUGCUCGACGAUUUUCAUUCGGGCAAACUGCUCGCCUUCGGUCAAAACGACAACAUUUCAAGAAUGGAGACGAUCCGGAAGCAGCAAGAGCAGUUGGCACGAUUGCAUUUCGACGUCGGCGCCGAGCUGUCCAACGAUGCCAAAGACUCGGCGGCUGCUGGCCUUCUCAGUCAGCAGCGCCUGGAGAAGUCCAAGCAGAACAUGCAAAAAUUCACUGACUCGCUCAAGCAACUGAGCAUCAGUAUUGAAGGACUGAAUUCGAAAAAGGAAGCUGAAGAAUCGGCCAAGUCCGACGCUACGUAGCUCCAAAAAAUAAAAAAUAAAGAAAAAUCGACACUUCCUCCAUCUUUUCGUCUCUCUCUUCGCGAUUGCUUUAAAAAGGCCCACCGAAUCGGGAGACUGCUUGCUGUGUCCCACACGUGGUUUUUUGAAUGGAUGCUCAAAAUAUUGUAUGCUGCAUUCGUUGCUCUCUUUUUUUUUGGGUUGUUGAUUUAAAUUUGUGAUACAAGACUGGGGGUGUUGGGAAGGGGGUCAAUGUUUCGCUCUCCCGUAAAAUGUUUGCUCCUCGGAAAAAAGGAAAACGUCACGUCAUCAUAUAUGUGUGUGUGCUCCGUUUAGGCU